ACAACGUCAACCAUCCUACACCCAAAAAAGGUCCGCCCCCCCGACCGACCGAUCCCCUUCGUCCAUUGAGUCGCCGGCCGCCGCUCCCUCACCGACGUCCCCCUCGCGAUACAUCCUCUCCACUCCAUCAAGUCCGAUACCUCUCGCGAAAGAGACGACAUCACUCUACCGGUCCCGACAAGAUGCUUUCCUCCACGAGGACAGCGGCCUCGAUGGCCCUGCGAGCGAAGCCGACCGCGUCCGUCAUGCCCUUCAGAGUCGCCGCCGCCUCCAUCUCCUCCUCGUCACGAAAGGACGCCAGCCCUGCUGCUGCGCACUCGACCGGCCUCAUCAAGAAGGAGCGCAAGGAGGUUCCUCUGCCUAGCCAGGAGGGCACCAAGGGUGUUAUGCAAUAUGCUCUCACCUCCCUCGACGUAAUAACGAAUUGGGCCCGUCAGUCCUCCCUCUGGCCCAUGACCUUCGGUCUCGCCUGCUGCGCCGUCGAGAUGAUGCACCUCUCCACGCCCCGUUACGACCAGGACCGCCUCGGAAUCAUUUUCCGUGCCUCCCCCCGUCAGUCGGACGUCAUGAUCGUCGCUGGCACCCUCACCAACAAAAUGGCCCCGGCCCUCCGUCAGGUCUACGACCAGAUGCCCGAGCCCCGCUGGGUCAUCUCCAUGGGCUCCUGCGCCAACGGCGGCGGCUACUACCACUACUCGUACUCGGUCGUCCGCGGCUGCGACCGCGUCGUCCCCGUCGACGUUUACGUCCCCGGCUGUCCCCCGACCUCCGAGGCCCUCAUGUACGGCAUCUUCCAGCUUCAGCGCAAGAUGCGCAACACCAAGAUCACCCGCAUGUGGUACCGCAAGUAGAAGCUUUCGCCCAAAGCAAGUAAGUCAAAUGAGCAUAUUGGGAGGAAGGCUUUGCGGAAAACCCCGGCCCAGAGAGAGGGAGAGAGGGAGAGAGGGAGAGAGGGAGAGAGGGAGAGAGGGAGAGAG